GAGCUGUCUGACACAAGCCAACAAAAGGACUGAAUAUUAGGCUCCAAAAAGAUCCAGUUUCCGGAGCUCCAGCCCACGAGCUUGGCUACCCUCCAGCCUUCUCCUGACAGGGCCUGCAUUUACUGCUGCUACCCUGGGAGUCAAAUUUCAUGCAACCAUUCCAAUGGUGUAACGGAUGCCUGUGUGGUUUGGGUUCUCAGCGCUCUGAACACGACUGCAGCAUGACGUCUGACAUCUAUCACCUUCCGCUCAACGUAUACGUCAUUGUGCUGGGCAUCGGUCUUUUUGUGUUUAUGCUGAGCCUGAUCUUCUGCUGCUACCUUUUCAGGUUGAAACAACAAGGAACAAGGGAGCAGUUCAGCUACAAUGAGGUGGUGCUGAAGGGAGCCAGCAAGAAACUGAGCCUUCUCGGACAAACCUGUGCAGUGUGUCUGGAAGAGUUCAGGACCAGAGAUGAACUGGGAGUGUGCCCAUGCUCACAUGCAUUUCACAAGAAGUGCCUGCUCAAGUGGCUGGAGAUCCGCAGCGUCUGCCCCAUGUGCAACAAACCCAUCCUCCGGCUCCACACAGACGCUCCCCAGGGUUCAGAGGGUCCGCUAGAUCCGGAGGAGGUGUGAAAGAGCUGUGUGAGAGGAAACCGAACUCCCCUUACAGGAAACACACACAUUAAAUACACUAGGGAUGAUGGACAGCGGUCAUCUUAAAGACAUCUCACAGGAAAUGUUGAUAAUGAUCCCAAAGUGGCCGCCCUGCUGCUGACCUUUGAGCAAUACGCCUUGAUGGGAAUUGGAUAUUGAGAGCGCCAAAAUGACUUGGUCAGAUCAGUCAGGGAGUGAGUGGAUGAAUAGGAUCUUUUCAUAAAAAAAUUAGCUCCUAGUUCAACUUCCAUAUUGCACUGUUCACCAAAAAAACAAAACAUGACAGGAAACAGGAGCCACAUUAGAGAGCAGGAUAUCAUUGCCACUGUCAUUGGACGACUAGUGCAGCACUGCCAGAGACAAACACUUCAGGCAUUGAGCGGGACUUCAGAGUACAGGAUCAGUAUGGAUACCUCUUAUAUCUCAGGGGUGUUACCGAUACAGCCAGCACAACCCAUGUCAAGUCACCCUAUAACCCUGUGCCACACAUGCAUCUUCAAUACUGCCAAUGUAGGUGAACCGCAGUCAGAGGUAGAGCCACGACCUCCGUCUCAAACUAAGACCAGCGGGAUUACAACCAUGGCAAUUUAAAGUAGACAAUAUUGUUACAGAGUAUGUCCCAUGCCCUUUUCCUUUUAAAAAGAGACUGAUAGAAAACUAGUCUUGCCUGUAUGUAUUGUAUGUAAACAUGUCCCUAUAUAUUGUUAUUUUGUAUUUGUUGCUUUUAAAUAAAACGUCGCGUAAUGUA